UACUUAUCCUACCGACCAAUAGGGGACUAUGGGUUGAUUGCACACCAACCAAUAGGGGACAAUUGACUGAGUGGGGACCUAAAACCAUAGUCCCCACCAGGAUAACAGCUAUACAUGAUAGCAGCUGUCAUGCUAACAUACCUAGCAUCAAUAUCUCUGAAAGUUUUCAUCGUCCCCAAAAGUUCUGAUUUUGUCCGAAUGUGUGUGUGUGCUGAAGAUCGAAGCUUAGGAGUGAGACACCUUUGGUCAGUGGCUGUAUUGCAGGUGUGUAAACUAUGCUGCAGGCUCCACCCCAAUGACAUUGUCUGAAGUCAGGUUCCGCCCACAGAAGUGGGCAUUGUCACAUGAUGUAUCAGGUGACCAUAAGCCACCAAGAAACCAGGAAAAGACAGUUACUGGAGAACAGCAAAGGAAGUUUACCCAUAGGCUAAGGUUACUAGCCUAUUAGACAUGGUGAAACCAAGCUUAUUACCUCUAUAUUGCCAUAUUCAACAGAAUCUCCAUAAAAAGCCUGUUUCAAAGUUGUGUUUUAUCUAUGGCCUAUGAUAAACCUGGUUUAACGGGUCAACUAACUUUAAAGUUUGCCUAGAUUUGUGUGUUAACGCCACUCCUUCCAGCAACAUGGCCAUCUUAGUUUAAUUUUCAUGUCAUUGAUUACUUGUUUGCACAAAUUAAUGAGUGAUUGUUCAACAUAGGCUUCAAGUAGGCUACUUUACAGGCCUAGCCUACUAUUACUAGAGUAUUACUAGAUUACUACACGUUUGAAAUCGUCUGUGUUACGUUCGCUAAUUGCAUAGUAUUUAAGCACUUCUCGACUAAUGUCCCCAUACAGACUAUAGGACACCCCUCCCCCCAACAUUUUGGCGGUUUGGCUGCACUCCCUUUUCCACUCUCGCACUCCCGGUCUCAUCAGACUCAAGUCCCCAAAUAGACUAUACGAACGGAUCCCCCCACCCCACCCCAGAUGCUUUUGGCGGGCUCAGUUUUACAACUAGGCUAUAUCAGCACUUUUUGUAUUCCAUAGGUUUAGUCUAAAACAUUUCUAAUUGAUGAUACCGGAAUAUAAACAAUUAAAUUAAUGAAAAUAAAAAUGUAUUAAUUUCGGUUAUUUUAUUUCAAACAACGCAAGAGAUUCACGUCCAAUCAGCAGCGAUCUAUCCCACAACGUCUUUCUUCUACAACAAGAAGUACUUUGACAAGCGCCAUUUUGAUGAAACCAGGAGUAGGUGAAACGUGGAGGAGAGGACACGUGUGUGCUGUAAAUAUAUUACUUGUUGAACAUGUGAAAUGACAAGUACCAUCUCGGAGAGGUUCUUAAAACGAAUUUUAGUUUUGCGCCAGCAUCACUCAAAGUGUGAAUCCCUCUAUGAUAAAAUGGCAACCAUGGGGAAGCAGGAGAGCGAUGCAGAAUCGGGAUACAAAACGGAAGGCCCAAAAAGAACAACAAAAGUACGAAAUAACAGUGCUUCAGAAUUAGUUCCAGAGCUACAGCGAACAGAAAGUGUGUUUCUCACAAAAGAGAUGCUGGGCAUUCCAAGGGAUUCUUUGCCCAGCAGUGAAGAUAGUGGCAGUGAGGACGAUUAUGUUCCGGACUCAAAUAGCAGCAGCUCAGAGGAGCCCAGUGAUGAGGAACCUGCAAAGAAGGUCAGGCCCAAAGUUUCUUCUGCCAAGUCCAGUGAUGAGGAACCUGCAAAGAAGGUCAGGCCCAAAGUUUCUUCUGCCAAGUCCAGUGAUGAGAAACCUGCAAAGAAGGUCAGGCCCAAAGUUUCUUCUGCCAAGUCCAGUGAUGGCACAACAGCAACAACAUCCUUUUCUGCCACUGACAAUGAGAAGUCUUCAAGUGAGUCAGUAGUUGUAAUGAAUGUGAAAAAGAAAUCAGAUCCUUGUAAACAAACAAGUGACAGUAAUAUCAAUCCUAACGAUUUCCUGCAUUGUUUAAGCUGCCAAGGGCUUUUCAAGAGAAGGUUUCUUUGGAAGCAUAUGAAAAGGUGCACUCUGGCUAGACAGUGUGGGGUACUCAAACCUGGCAAAAACAGAAUACAAUCACUCUGUGCAAACGCUCAACCUGUACCAGUGGGAGUAAGUGCUAAGUUAUGGAAGCUCUUAAGUGAAAUGAGUCAGGAUGAUGUUACCCAUGCCGCUAAAAAUGACGUGUGCAUUGUAAAGAUGGGAGAGCAAAUGUUUAACAAAAUUGGCCAUGAUCCUUCAAAACACGAAUACAUUAGGCAAAAGAUGAGGGAGGUUGGAAGACUGCUGUUAGCAGGUACACAGGAAUCCCCAAUGAAGACAAUGGAGGAUUUCAUUCUUCCGUCGAACUUUCCACAUGUUGUGAAUGCUGUGAAGGAUGUAGCAGGCUUUGACAGUAACUCCAAUUCUUUCAAAAUACCUUCACUGGCUUUAAAAUUAGGCCACAGCUUGCAGAAGAUUGCGAGCAUUAUUGAAUGUAAUGCAAUGAUAUCGGGGAAAAAGAAAAUUGUUGAAAAUGCACAACACUUCAAACAAAUUUACCGAACAUGCUGGAAUGAAAAUGUUUCCUCAUCUGCACUGAAAACACUUUCAGAAGCGAAGUGGAACACCCCACAACUGCUGCCAUUCACUGAAGAUGUUAAAAAAAUGCACAUGUACAUGGAUCAAAAACAAAAAGAAGCAUACCAACAGCUAACAAACGAGGAAUCAUCAAGGAACUGGGUUGAUCUAGCUGAGGUAACCCUCGCUCAGCUUAUACUGUUCAACCGUAGAAGAGAGGGGGAGGUGUCAAAAAUGCGCCUAACUGCCUUCACUGAAACUGAUGUGCCAUUGCAUGCAGAUGUAGCUGAGGCUCUAACUGCUCUAGAGAAGAAGCUGUGUGAACACUUCAAAAGGAUUGAAAUUCGUGGGAAGAGAGACAGGAAGGUCCCUCUACUGCUAACCCCAGCAAUGCAGGCGUCCAUGGAAUUGUUAGUGAAGACUCGUGCAUCCUGUGAGGUUCUCGAAAAUAACAUCUAUUUUUUUGCCAGACCUAGACAAGAAACGUUUAUUCGAGGCUACAAGUGCAUUCACCAGUUUGCAAAGGAGUGCCAAGCCAAAUACCCAGAGCGCUUAUCCUCUACGAAAUUAAGGAAACAUGUAUCCACACUUUCCAAGGUUUUGAACCUCAAAGAUACAGAAAUGGAUCAAUUGGCUGAUUUUUUGGGCCACAACAUCGCAGUCCACCGCAAGUUCUAUCGUCUGCCAGAAGGAACACUACAACUGGCUAAAGUUAGUAAAGUCCUGAUGGCCAUGGAAAGAGGGUGCUUAAUGGACUACAAAGGAAAGAAUUUAGAUGAAAUUGAAAUUGAUCCCAAUGAAACAAUUCCAGAGGAGAGUGACCAUUCAGAAAGCGAACUGACGGACGAAGAACUAAGCCCACCUUCUACAUCCUACCUACCUUCAGCUGCUAAGAAACGCACUUCAAAGAAGAAACACUGCAUGCAGUCAGAGGACGAGUCCGAGGAUCCAGGUUCAGCUGCUAAGAAACGCACUUCAAAGAAGAAACAUUGCAUGCAAUCACAGGACGAGUCCGAGGAUCCAGGUUCAGCUACUAAGAAACGCACAUCAAAGAUGAAGAGCCAAAGUAAAUGUGAUGAAAUGAACUCCGAUGUUCCAGAUGCAGCAUCCAAGACAUCCUGCCGCAAGAGAAGACCAUGGAGUCAAGAAGAAAUCUGCGCUGUUGAGAAGACCCUGAUGAAAUUUAUCACUACAGGCAGAACUCCUGGGAAGGCAGACUGCGUUUCUUGUAUCAACUCAGCACCUGAAGCACUUAAGUUCCGUGACUGGAUGUCAGUUAAGUUUUAUGUCAAAAAUCGUUGUGUGUCCUACCAAAGAACCACACAGACCCUUUUAUAGCAAUUUGAUAAGAAUGAUUUUGGGGGUGGGAGAUGGGAAUGUGUUCAGUUUUCUUAACAGGGCUUGAGCAUUUCAGAGGACCACACAAUACAUGCCCUGUACUUACACAGUAUUCUUGUUUAUAUUUUAUGUUGGCAGAGGGUCAGCAAUGUUUUUGUCAUUGGUAUUACAGUACAUGCACUUUAUUUUAACAGUACUUAAAUGAUUUUAGGUUGGGAGAGGGUCAAUUGUGUACUUUCGUUAAUACUACAUGCUCAUACAAACAGGCUUUAGAGGAAAAUUAAUGAUGCUCAUGAUUGUAAUAAUGUUGAAGUGUAAAGAGUUGCGUGUGAGAAGAAGGUACGUUGUAUCCUUGUUGACGGGUUCGUUAAAAAUAUUCUGACAACACAAUUUUUUUAUUCAUUUUAAUAUUUCUUUUAUUUUCAUUAUUCACUUGGUAUCUGCAAUGCCUGAGUAGAUAUUUUAUAUUGAGAAGGUAUCUGCUUUUUCACAUGGUGUUGACUGUAGCAUUACUAGCACUUUCAGAAAUAAUGUACGCUAAUAACUAUAACAACAAUCUACCUCAUAACGUUCUAAUGAAGUGUGGUUGUGCAUUCUGGCACUGUGUUAAGCAGCCAAUAAAUGUGUUGAUUGCUA